AUAGCACCAUGGCCUCGGCCAAUCACCGGGGUGGCGGCGGACGCGGAGGAGGUGGCGCCGUCGCCGGAGCCGGCGCCGAUGGCAAUGCGAUCGUGGGACUCCAGAUCGGCUCCGCCUGGUUUCAGCGCAAGAUCAACCUGAGGCCGCAGCACCGCGGCGUCCACCUGGUCACCGAGGAGAUCCUCCGACAGAUGCCGGAGCUGGCGCACUUCUCCGUGGGACUAUGCCACAUGCAAAUUCUUCACACCUCGGCGAGUUUAGCGUUAAACGAAAGCUGGGAUCCAGACGUCAGAGACGACAUGGAGAUGAUGUUGAAUAAAAUAGUUCCCGAAGGCUUGCCCUACAGGCAUUCGUGCGAGGGACCCGACGAUAUGCCCGCGCACGUGAAGGCCUGCUUCCUGGGCAGCUCCCUGACAAUCCCGAUAACCGAUGGCAAACUGUCGCUGGGCACGUGGCAGGGCGUCUGGCUGUGCGAGCACCGCGACCAGGCCGGAUCCAGGAAGCUGGUGAUCACGCUGACCGGAUGUCCGCGCGAACAGGCCCGCAGUCCGCUGUCACCCGUCUCGCCGAUCGCCAGCACGUCCAGUUAGGGGCGGCCUCGCUCCACCCGCGACAGCCGGUAAUCGCGGGGCGACAAUAAUGCCAUCAUUUCGUCGAGGCGGCUGAUACUGCAGAAGAACUUGGCUAAGGCGACGGCCCAGCAGCGGGCGGCGGCGGUGAUUGCCGCCGGACGCGGGGGAUUGGGUGGCGGCGGUCAGCAGGACGCGUUGGCGCCACCCAAUAUACCCGGAUUCGUGGAGACGAAGACCGGCCGCCUGCUGCUCCGCCAGCAGCUGCACCUCAAUCUCAAUCUGAACGUGCAGGAAACGCUGCGCGAUGGCGUCGAUAUCGAUGAUGUGGACGAGGAUGUCGACGAGGACGAGGACCUAGAAACCGUCACAACAGUGCCUCUUAACAAUGAACAACUUAAUGCUAAGGUCACAACCACCACAUCCAGUUCAUCAGCAGCGAGCAGUGCAUUAGCUAAAUUCAAUCGCAUCAUUGACUCCACACUGGAGCGGCCAGUGGAUUAUGCCACCAGUCUGCCCAAGUUGAGUAGCGCCACCUUGCAGCAGCGCUUCAACCUGGCCUAUCCGGAGUUGGUGACCCAACAGCAGCAGUUGCAGCAACACCAGCAACAGUCUAGAUUGGAACAGCCAAUCGAAAUGGGUCGCCAGCAGCAGCAGCAACAUCAGCAGCUGCAACACCAGCAACAUGAUGCGACCAAGCAGAUCAGUAGCCUCCAGGGGAACCCCAGAUUGGAUCGUGGAACGGGCGCCGUUGCCAACAGCACACCAUUAACACUUCAAGCACCCAAAACUCCAGCAACGGCGACGGAAGAGCAACAGUUGGAUCCGGGGAAUCCCCAACACCACGACGACGACGACGACGAAGAUGAUCAUCCCCACCACGACGAGGAUAAUCAAACGAAACGAAAUGAUGUGCAUUAUUUGUUGAAACAGUUGAAUAGUUUUAGUGAUAUAGAAGAAAUAGAAAUUGUUGAUAUGAAGCAAAGAGGUCAGCGGCCGCCGAUGGCCUCCAGUUCGUUGGCGACCAUGAUGCCGCCACCAUCGCCGGCACCGCCAGCCUCGCCCUCCACGCAGUCACAUCGACUGGGGCCGCGGUUCGCCUCCUCCUCUUUGGGCGAUAGCUCCUUGAUCCUGCCGCAGCACCAGUUCGACGACUACCUGUUCGAGUCCUGCCACUACCUGGAGACAAACUACUUUGCCGCCACCUACCGCACUGCCAUGGUCGAGAGCAGCUCCCACGAGUUCCGGCCCUCGACCAACAGCAGCUCGAACAGCUUCGAGCUGCACGAGAUGGAGCCGCCCAGUGUCAUCUGCAAGGCUGGCGCACCGCCAUCUCCACUGGUAACCAGGUAUCCCGGGCAUCCUGGUCAUCCUGGCCAACCGCCGCCGCGGUACCAGUUCGAGUAUCAGGCGGAGACCCGGCUGACCACCAGUGGGGUGCAGACGGAGCUCACCGCCGAGUCGCUGGCCAAGAUGAGCAACUGCAGCGGGAGUAGCUCCUCCAACUCGACGAGGGCUCCUCCCUUCUUCCGGUGCUGCUACACGCCCAUCGAUCGCUGGCGGGAGAGGAGGCAGCAGCAGAAGAGCUCCUCGGCCUCCUCAUCCGCCGCCGCCCAGCCGCCCAAGGACGUCUGACACUGGGCGUGGCAGUCCACUCGAAGAUCCAACAUGUGCCUGGCUAACUUACUUCAGGGAUGCAAGCCGAGGGAAAAUGGGUUCGGAGUUUAUAGACAUGGUUCUGUGCAGUGGUUUAUCCUUUUGUGCACUUAAAUUUUUUGUAUUAAUUUUAAUAUCAUAAAUGAAAUACUGGAGUUUUUAUACUACAAUUAAUUUUCAUCCUUUAAAAUUCCGAUCAGUGGCCCAAACUAAAAUUUAAAUACAAAGUUGCGAGACUCCAGACAUUCCUGAAUAUGUUAAACAAUAGUUGUUGAGUUCUUAUUGUACAUUUCAUUUUCUAUUUUGAAUUUUACUCGUGGGCACCCUCAUUCGAACUAAUUCUGUUCCUCUUAAAUUGGAAUAAUUCAUUUAAUUAAAAAACUAUUACCAUAAACCAAGAACCAAGUAAACCGAACCACAGAAACGGUUUGCAUCCCUGUUAUUUUGGUCGCUGUUCUCAUUUGCGAUAUCAACAAGAGAUUCCAUUUCGAUCGACAGUCGAUACACGAAUCACGAAUCGCUAAUCAUGCGAAGGAAGUUCAUUAUUGUACAAUUUAUAUAUGCUUAAACGUAAACAAGAAAUGUUAGUAAACAAUUUUUUAUACACACACCAGCCACACAGACAUUCGCACAUUUUUGCAAUACACCAAAGUAAAUGAUUUGGAAAUUUGUAUAAAUACUUGAGAGUUGAUAAAUGUUUAGCAGAAAACAUAGAUAGCUGCCAGCCUACUUAUUCCCAUUGAAACAUUUAACACAUUUCUGGCUUUUUGAGAUGCUUUUUUUUGGUAGUUGGCUAAAUUCUCUGCUAAGCAUUUACUUAAGCUGAAAUCAACUUAGGCCUAAAGUUGUAUUCAAAAAUGUUUCAACAGAAGAAAAUAUUGUUAAAAAUUAUUGAAAAAGUAGUCAAGGACGAGGGCAGGGGACGCGAGAGCUUGUAUAGUAAGUUGAUAAAUAAAGUAAUGGAGAAUCAUGUUGAUAGUGGUCAGAUCAAAUAGAUGAAAGGCGCGCACGCCGGCACUUUUGUUUUUAGAUUCUAGAUUCCUCUCGCUUUACCAAGUCCGUUUGUCUGUCUAUAAAUAUAGCAUUCAACUUAGGAAAUUAUCAGCGUGCGCGUAUCGUAUCGGGUUCACCGAUCCCCAAAACAGAUCGAAACCAAAAGACAAAAGCAAUUGUUACAUCAAUAAGACACUAUUCUGUUGACCUAUCAUUUAAGCCACUGAUUUUACGUUUCGAAAGUUUAGGCUUUUAAGGAAUUGUUGUUAGAGCACAAGAGAUACUGGCUAUACAAGCAAACCAAAUACGGAACGAUCCAACUCUUAAACCAACCAAGAGCAAUAUUAGUUUUUAAAUCAGUUCGGAUUUGUCAAUUUUGUUGAGAACAUAUGCAAGUAAAAUACAUCAAAUAUAUCACUAACUUGAAUAAGCCUCGAGAUCACGCUUUGGUUUAUCGGAAAAUAAAUAUAUACGCAAUUGGAACACCA